UGCUUGACCGGAUGCUAUUCUACGUGACACAAGCUUCUGCUUUACUGCUCCCUGUCUACUACUUAGCGUUUCCAAUCAUGGCUGCGAAAACUGCGUCGCAAAUCUUGGUCACGAACAAGAAGUACGCGCAGCAGACUGCAUCGUCGAGGCCGCCUGUGGCCGGAACCGACGUUCAGCGGGACGCCAACGCCAGGCCAAACGAGUUGGGCCACCAGUCGAUUCCACAGAACAGGGUCCUCGCAGAACGCACCGCAGACACCAAAACGGCAAUGACGUUGUAUGGAUCAGCGGCGGCCAGACAACGUCACGGAUGGUUCCACCUAGACUGCGGUCCCAUGCCUCUCAUGUCUCUGGUGCCCUGCUGGGCGGGGUCGCUGUGCGUGGGCACGGCGUUGGGCUACUCCCUUCCAGCCGGCCGCAGUUUGCAUCAGGCAAAGAACCGUGGAGCCUUCGACAUCACCCAUGCGCAGAUAUUCUGGUUCGGCUUGCUGAUGUCCCUAGGCGGGGUGUUCGGCUGCCUUAUCGGAGCGCUAUUAACUCAGCGCUACGGCCGUCGCUGGAGUUUGGUGACCUCGGCGUUGGCCCUGCUCGCCACUUGGCUAUGCAUCGGCUUAGCACGGAACGUGUACCUCUUCUUUGUGGCGCGCUUCGUCAACGGCUUCUUCACCGGCUUCGUCUCGCUCGUGGUGCCUGCGCACAUCGCCGAAAUGUCACACGCCGCGCACCGUGGAUCGGACGGAGCGACGCACCAUCUGGUCAUCACACUGGGCGUGCUGUACGCGCACGUGAUCGGCAACUUCCUGGACUGGGCCUGGUUGGCCUUGUGUUGCGCGCCGUCCGCCCUGCUUCUGCUGCUGUUCACAUGUUGCCUCCUGGUGGAGUCACCCCGGUGGCUGCUCUAUCACCAUCGGCGACAGCGGGCCCUGGCAGCCUUGCUGAGCGUGCGCUCGACAGGAUUCGAGGCUGAGACGGAGGUCGAGUUCGAGGCGAUCUCCGCCAUCUUCCCCACCUACAGUACGCCGCCGGCGCACUACAUGCUGGCCGUGCUCGCCAUGGGCGUGCAGCAGCUUAGCGGCGUGAACUGCAUCUUGCCGUCUGCUACAAACCUGGUACCCCGACAGGAGGCCAUGGACAGCCAUGUCAUACUGGUGAUCAUUCAGUGUUUGGCGGCGUCUAUAGCGGUGAAAUUCCUGGACUUGGCUGGUCGACGCAAGUUGCUCGUAUUCUCCGUGAUCGUGUGUUCGGGAACUCUCGUCACGUUGGGUGUGAUUUACGCCAAUUCCUCGUCGACAGCGAAAAGUGGAAGUGAAACAUCCACGGCAGAUCCAUCAGCGUUGGUGCCACCCCUUGCCACUGCUUCUACACUACUCGAGUCAAGUCCGAUAACGUUUGCCAUCCAGGCUUUCUUUGUGGCUGGCUUUUCGGCCGGACUGGGACCGGUGCCGUGGAUCCUUGCGGCCGAACUGACUCCGUUGCGUGGCUCCGGCAUGGAGCUGGGCAGCGUGUACGCUACCAACUGGGCUGCCUUACUCGUGUCGGCCAACUUCUUCUCCACAUCAGACACAAUGCAGCGGCUGGCCAUCACGCUGUGGGUUUACAGUGGUCUGACUAUUGCCAGCGGUAUCGUCUUCCUGGCCCUGCUGCCUGAGACUGCGCAUGCGUCUAUCGAGGACGUACUGCUCAUAGGACAAGAAGUUCAGCAUCACCACCACCACAAGGGCACAAGGCUAGGUUCGGACACCAAAGCACCGCCUUCGUUACCACUUGAGCAGGCUACCCCCUCGAAGCGGGACGUCGUGCCUACUGCUCAUCCCGUACAGCAGCCGGCCGCCGCCGUUAAGGCACCGUCGGGGCAUUCGAGCAGAGCACCGUCGGCCGAGAAGCAACAGGCACGCCAGCCGGUGGCGACCGCCGCUUCAUCUGUCACGUCCCGGCGUUCAGCGGCGUCCAAGGCGAGCGUCGCCUCCAAGCACGCUCCAAGCGUCAGUUCACAGAAAUCACACCAGUGAAGCGCUCGACUACCGUGCCACGGGCGCUCGAAAUACCGAAGUGAGGAGGCCGGAACUAUGUAUAUGAAAACGCUCCUGCUGCCACAAUGACAGUCAAAGUUUAAAAAUGUGUCCUCGCUUCUUCCGAUGGCUUUUUCCGCGGCAGUAUGUGCCGGAUUUUGUACCCGCUAAAUUUACGCGCUUUAAUACCCCAUAGAUAAGCUCUUGUUUGUUCUUACCAAACUGGCACCAACUUUUGAAGUUUCUGGUAUUGUGCUUCGCAUUAGAGUGUCUUAUUGCCUACAACAUGAGUAGCCCCGUCGUCAGUUCUUUUUCUACUGCAUCAGCUUCUGUUAUAAAGACAGAUUUCUUGAGACAAUAGAGAGUACUUUCGAAAUUCGCGGAGGACAACUAUCUGCUGCAAUCAAACUAUCGCAUGACGUUUAGAAGAAUAUAAUGCGAGGCCUGUUGGCUCGCGACAGUGCACGACAACAGCGGCAUACGCACGCGUAUCUCCCUCUGUGCGGUU